GGGUGUUCGAUGUACUGCAGUCAUCAGGAUGCGCUUCGGGCCGGUUGAUCGCGACCUGGUCGACUUGCGUCAGUAGCGUCGAUCUUCGUCAGGCGGACUCAAGACUUCUUUUCGCAACCAUCCCGGUCAACAGGUGUUCUGUACUGUUAAAAAUGUACAAAUAACGAAUACUGGAUCCAUGGUUCAACUUUCAACGAAGUCUAAACACAUGGAAUGUGUGAGUAAUCACGAAAUACAUGCAUUGGAUGCUCUUACUCCGGGUACAUCACUAAUGCUUACAGUCAAAGAUCUUCUUCCAAACGGGUUACGAGUAUCAUUUGGAAGUGACAAUAUUGGCUUUAUUAAUGAAAUUUAUUUAGGAGCCGCUCUAUCGUCUUUUUCAAAAGGGACUGAAGUAUGUGGAACAUUAUUAUACGUUUUACCAAUAUUAAAAAUUUCAUAUUUCACAUUAUUGCCAAAAGAAAAGGAGAAAGAAUUGUUGACUAUCGGAGAUAUUUUCGAGGAAGCGAAAGUUAUAUUCAGAAUGAACAAUGGAAUUUUUAUGAGUUUCCCUAAAGGUCACCGCGCAUUCAUUCCUGUGCAUAAAACUGGUAUCAACUUGGAAAGAAUCGAAUCAGUAUUUAAAUUAGGUUCUGUACAUAAAUGCAGAAUUUUAAGAUAUAGUUGGAUGGAUAGAGUUUACUUAUGUAGUACUGAGAAGACUGUACUAGAGAAAAAAUAUUUUUCGGUUUCCGAAUUAUCUCCUGGUGACGUGUUGUAUGUCAAAGUAAUGAAAAUUAACAACGAAAGCGGUUCUGUGACCGUGGCUUCUGGUGGAAUUAGAGGCAUUGUGAGCCCAGAGCAUGUGUCUGAUCCUGGAAUGAAAUCAAUUAAGAAACUACAGAUCGGAAGCACAGUUAAGGUUAGAGUGCUAGAAAUCGAAGAAAACAAAAGAGUGCAAUUUACAAUGAGAUCGUCUCUAAUAGAAUCGAAAUUGCCUAUUUUGUAUAACAUUAAAGACGCCAAAAUUGGAGGCCAGCAUCACGGGACUGUUAUUCAAAUACAUAAAGGUGGUCUUUUGGUGAAAUUCUUUGGAAACGUCAAAGGCUGGGUUCCACGCGAGGUUCUGAAUCAUCAUACUUCGAAUGUUAAUUGGAACUACUCCUUAGGUCAAGUUAUUACUGCGAAGAUAGACAUAAUAAAAAAAGAGGAAAGCAAACUAUUGUUAUCCAUUAUAGAGGAUUCUGAAAAGCGAUUAACUGAUUUUAAAAUAGGUGAAAUCGUAGAAGGUAUUAUAGUGGAAGCAAGUACCCAAGGUGUUUUAUUGCAAUUAGUUAAAGGUAGUCAUAAAGCAUUGGGUUUUUUGCCUGCAGGGCAUUUGGCUUCAUGUCAUGAAAUAGCGAUGUUAUUAGCAGCGAGGUUUGUUCCUGGAGACAUAUUGAAUGCUUUCGUAUUUUCUACGUACCCAAGUCUAAUGUUAUCUCAGACAAUUGUACCAGAAGCAAAUUUAACAAAUUUCAACGAGCUGCAGGUUGGAAACUGCAUUCCAUGUUCCGUAAAGGAAAUAACGAAAUCUGGGAUAAAAGUAAUACUACCAUUGGAAAAUUUCGAAAAUUUUGGUACUGUAUUGCAUAAUAAUCUUUCGGAUAUAGAGUUGGUCCGUCCUUAUCAAAUUUUGCUAGGCACAGUUAUAGCUGUCGAUAAGAUGAAAAAAAGUGUGUUACUGAGCACAGCUUUGUCUAGAGCGUGGAUGAAUGCGGUAAAAUUAAAUACUGAUUUGACGGUGGCCAUCGAUGUGUUAAGUCUUUACUUAAAAAAAGUAAAGGAAUUGUCAAAGCAACCUCAUUAUGAGCAUAAACCAAUAUCUAUGGCAAGGAUUGGGCAACGAGUUAAUGGAAAAGUUGAAAAGGUUACGGAAUCUGGGCUUGUAUUGCAAUUGGAAAACAAUUUGCAAGGUUUAGUUAGAAAAGAACAUUACUCCCGUAGUCUAAAAGCUGGAGACAAAGUACGUGGUAAUAUUUUAUGGUGUAAUUAUGCUCACGAGAUCGCAGAAGUGACAUUAUUGCCAACUCUAUCGAAUGUUAUAAGCGCAGACCAGGACAAGUUACCAAAAAUUCCAAUUGAUAUGCAACUACGAGGAGAGAUUGUACUGGUAACUAGCUGGUUCAUUCUGAUUCUUCUGAAAGGACAAUGUAAAGGUAGAUUGGUUGCGCUACCUGCUAGGCGACAUUUAAAUGAUCUUCAGCCAGAUCUGUCUCCAUACAUAAUAGGAAAGAAAAUCAAGUGUUACCUUGCAGUAAAUAAAAAUGACUCUGAUAUUUUACCUAUUUGUGUGUUAAAAUCUGCUUGCGAGUUUCCGAAAAUGGCUUUACAAGAAGCAAAUGAUGAGGUAAAGGAAGAUUUUCUAAACAAACGGGACAUCGCACUGAAAAAUAUUACUGAUAAUAUUCUCAAUAAAAAAAUUAAAAGAACGGAAAAAAACAUUAUAUGUACACGUGAAAAUAUAAUCAAAGAAGCAAAUGAAGAUUUAAGAGAUAAUGAUGAAAAUAGUAUAUUAUUUACUGAAAAUAAGAAGAUUAAGAAUGAAACAUUACUUAUAAACCAAAAACAUGAUUUAGAGUUGACGAAUGACGAGAAUGACUUUAAAAUAAUAAAAAUAGAGAGUCGAAGUGAAAAUACUGAUUUUGAAGAUAUAGAUAAUUCACAAACAUUUGAACGAAAAACGGAAAAACGAAAAGGUAAACAUAAAAAAGAUUCAGUUAUUGAUGAAGGCACGAACAAUGCAAAUGAACUAAGGGAUGUAAAAAAACGAAAAUUAAUUCAGUUAGGUAGCAAAAGGUAUAAGAACGUUGAAAAUGAUAAUCACAUAUUAAAUAUUGAAAAAGACGGUAUUCAAAACGGUACUGCUGAAUUUAAAGGUACUGAAAGGACAGAAUUAUUCAUUCCCGAAUGUGGAUUUUAUUGGGAUGAUACACUUGACAUAAGUGAAACGCAUAAAACGACAUCUAGUAGCAGUGAUGACGAAGACGGAAUGGUAUCAACGAAAAAAAAGAAGAAAUUCACCCCACAUGAAAGGAGGGAAGAAGAAAAGCAAAAGGAACGAGCUAUAUGGGUACAAGAAGAAAACCUUUCCGCUGAUCAAAUAGCAAAUUCUGUUGAUCAAUUUGAUCGGCUCGUACUUUCUAGCCCUGACAGUUCUUUAAUCUGGAUUCAAUAUAUGACUUAUUAUUUGCAAGCAACAGAAAUAGAUAAGGCAAGGGCUGUCGCAAAACGUGCUAUUAAAACUAUUCACUUCAGAGAGGAAAAUGAGAGGCAAAACGUCUGGUAUGCCUGGUUGAAUUUGGAAUCUAGGUUUGGGACUAACGAAUCAUUAAAUGACGUCUUUCAAAAUGCAAUAAAAUCGAACGAUUCAUUGAAAGUAUAUCUCCACAUGUUAAUUGUAUAUUCAAACACUAGUCAAGUGUUCGAACUGGAAAAAGUAGUUAAUAUUCUAGUGGGAAAGUUCAAGGAGAAUCCACAAGUAUGGAUCGAAUGUGGUACUGCACUACUUAAAAUUGGACUUAAAAACAAGUCAAGAGAUCUUAUGCAGCGCGCGCUUCAAUCGUUACCUGCAAUUGAGUAUGUGAAUCUUAUGCUCAGAUUUGCACAGCUGGAAUUCAAAUUUGGAGACAAUGAAGUAGCUCAAACUUUGUUCGAACGCAUUCUGAGCUCUUAUCCUCAGCGUGUCGACAUUUGGUCAUCUUAUGUGGAUGCGUUAACUAAAUCUGGAGACAUAGAAAUUGCAAGGGAUGUAUUAGAACGCGCAGUUGCUCAAGUCUUGCCAAUGAAAAAAAUGAAAACCAUCUUCAAGAAAUUCAUUACUUUUGAAAAUCAGCACGGUACAUCUGAGAACAUAGGCCAUGCAAAACAGUUGGCAGUUAAAUACGUCGAAAAUCAGUGUAACAAACUAUAAUAUAUUUGCGUGUAAAAUGUACGUACCUACGAAAAAUAUUUUUGAGCUAUGUUUCUAGGUACGUAACAUUUUUUACUUCACUGGGCAUAUUUGUAUUUACAUAAAGAUAAGAAUAAAAACCUGUGUAAUUAUUCUUAGAAAUAAGAACCACUAAUGUAAAGUAAAACCCAUGGGAAAAUUUAAUCAA